AUGCCUUCGACAAGUCAGGAUGAGGCCCAGGUCCCAGUGCCACGCAAAAGAUGUCCUCCCACAGCCCUCCGCAUUAACACUCCUCAGCAUAACCCCCUUAUAGUGCUUUCCACAGACGACACCUCUUCCCACUCAACCCUGUCCUCCCCAACCUCUGAGCAUCUCAAGUGUCCCCUCCAGAAACCUCGCUCUUCUAGAAACAUGAAAAAACUAUCUAUAAACCUGCCUUCCGCAGAUUCGUCCACGAAUUCACUCCUCUCACCUCCCCAAAGUGCCCUCGACCUCCACCCCUUUCCCACUCCAGCUCUCCGGCGUCCUUCCAUCUUGUCCCUCCCUAAUACUACCGUCGCCCCUGCCCUUCAUAGAAAAGACGAAGACGGUUCUCCGACCGUGCCCUAUCUCGAUGGCCCAAUUCAGGUCCUUCCUGGCAUAUGGCUCGGUUCCGAAGACAACGCCCGUGAUUGGCCGGCCCUCAUCCAGCGCCGUAUCAAGGCCAUCCUCAACGUCGCCAAGGAAGUCAAUUCUCCCUUCGACGCAUCCCAUCCUCAACCCCUUCGCCAGUCAGCCUCCACUCCAAACCUCAGUGCUAGAGCAAGAGAACCAGAGUCGACCUAUUAUCCACCUCACUCACCCACAGGUCGUCCGGGAAUCCAUUACCUCAAACUGCAGUGGUCUCAUGGCGAAAGGCAUCUCGUCAGUGAAGGCUUCCCCGCUGCCAUGGCUUUCGUAGAUGCCGCUCUUGCUCGCAAUGAGGGCGUUCUCAUACAUUGUCAAUGUGGAGUCUCUCGCUCAGCCACCCUGAUGAUCGCUAUUGUCAUGCGCGCUGCUGCAACACGUUGCUCUUUUGUUCCCCCAGAAGUAUGGGAACUCAGGGGCAUGCAAGCAGCUUACUCUUUUGUGAAAGAGAAGAGUAAGCAUGUGGGUCCCAACAUGUCCCUCAUUUACCAACUGCUCGAUUAUGAGAAGUCGACGUCCGACGAGGAGAAAGAAUGGGGACGCCGCCGCGAUGCAUUCGCAGCCGAGGGCUACGAAGAUCGGGAUAACGAUGCCAUUCAACAGGAGGCCAAGGAUCUCGACCGUGCGAUGGAAGAACCUUCGACGCGUUCCGAAAUUGGUUUGAGUUCUACCCAAAAAAGCCUAAACGAGCGAAAGCGAGCAGGAUCUGUCGCAAGCAUUCGCACUAGUUGCGGGAGUGUACUCAGCGAGAACUUGGUAGAAGCUGACGAAGAGGCCGAACUGUUGGGCGUCGGCGGUGGCUUUGACGACACAACGGAGCCGAGGCGGAGUCCAUCUUUGUCGAGUGAAUCUCCUGGUUCUCCGAGCGAGUCCGAUUCUCGACUUCCUCUAACAUUCAACAAUUUCCCAGCUCGCCCAUUACCUGUCCGUAGACAUCUGAUGUCUGCACCGUCGGCAUCUCCCACAAAGCUCACAUUCCACGUUACGCGGCAAUCUGUAGUCCGAGCGUCAGCCAACAUUGCUCCAAGCAGAGCAAGGCGCCGGCCACUCACCCUUGGAGUAUUACCCCCGGUUCCUCCCUCCCCGGUUACUCCAGUCCUUGCGCCCGUCGGAGAUCCGCCAUCUCGGCCUCGCCGGAAACGAAGUUCUCGAAAACAUGUGCCACCUUCGCUCAAGCUUCCGGAUACCUCUAAUCAGGUAACUUUCCCUUCUAAAACAACCCCUCGAACCUUGUUAUCUGCGACACAAACUCUCUUCGUUUUUCCUCCAUCGCCCACCGUCACCACAGCGACGCGUACGCCAGCUACCAUGACUGUUACGUCUAGCGUGCAACCCAACGCGUACCCCUUCCCGUCGCAGGUCACACCGCGUGUGGCAAUGGCCUCCUCCAGAGGUCGUACGAUAUCGUUCAUCGGAGUUGGCUCGUCCGCGGCCCCUACCACGGCGCACUCACGCGUCGAUGCCAGAGGCUGGGUAGGGUUGGAAUAG